AACACUGACACUCGCCACCCUGUUUAUCCCUGUUCUUUCUUGUCAGAAGUUGUUAAGUUGCUGAAACUCUUCCUCCUCCCACUGGUUGCAUUUUCUCUUGCAAUCAUUUUGCCUGGCUCCCACAAGCUCCUUCUGCCCUCUAGCUCCUAUACGAGUUUACCUUUCCUCCUUUCUUUACUUUUCUCUCUGAACAUGAAGAGUCUUUCACCCUCUUUCUGCUUUUAUCGCCCCUCUCGCCGCUCUUUCUUACAUGAUCCCCACUUACCUUUUUUAUUGUAAUCCAUUUUUUCCUCUGUCCUUCCCCUUGUGUCUUCUUUUACUCCUACUUUAUUCUUUGCCCUCUCUGGUUACAUUGAGCCUAGGAGUGAUAGAAUUAUAUCGUCUGAGUGGUACUUCCCCUGUGAUCUCAGGAUGUCAGCCCUUCAGAAGCUGGAAAGUUUUGCCUCUCGGGUGUUCAGCAGGGGGCCUCGAAGCCCUGCCCCAGGGAGAGAACCUUUGCACCCCACCGUACCCCAGCAACCCAGCUUGCCUGAAAGCGUGUUGAGUUGGGACCGGGAGAUGAAAGAAUUUCUGGCCAAAGCGAAAGAAGACUUUUUAAAAAAAUGGGAGAAUCCUGCACAGAACAAUGCACACUUGGACCAGUUUGAGCGCAUUAAAACUCUGGGUACUGGAUCAUUCGGGCGAGUGAUGCUUGUCCGACAUAAAGACAAUGGCCAUCACUAUGCUAUGAAAAUCCUGGACAAACAAAAGGUGGUGAAGUUGAAGCAGAUUGAGCACACUCUAAAUGAGAAGCGAAUCCUGCAGGCUGUAAAUUUCCCAUUCCUUGUACGGCUGGAAUAUUCUUUUAAGGAUAAUACUAAUCUGUACAUGGUAAUGGAAUAUGUGGCCGGAGGUGAGAUGUUUUCACACUUGCGCAGGAUUGGACGUUUUAGUGAACCUCACGCCCGCUUCUAUGCAUCCCAGAUCGUAUUAACUUUUGAAUAUCUGCACUCCCUGGAUCUUAUAUACAGAGACCUGAAGCCAGAAAAUCUGCUUAUAGACCAACAAGGUUAUAUACAGGUAACAGAUUUUGGCUUUGCCAAGAGGGUGAAGGGUAGGACUUGGACUCUCUGUGGAACGCCAGAGUACCUCGCGCCUGAAAUCAUCCUUAGUAAGGGGUAUAAUAAAGCUGUGGAUUGGUGGGCACUUGGAGUCCUGAUCUAUGAGAUGGCUGCUGGAUAUCCACCUUUUUUUGCUGAUCAACCAAUUCAGAUCUAUGAGAAAAUUGUAUCUGGAAAGGUUCGCUUUCCUUCUCACUUCAGCUCUGAUUUGAAAGAUCUCCUCAGAAACCUCCUGCAAGUCGACCUCACUAAGAGAUUUGGGAAUCUGAAGAAUGGUGUCACAGACAUAAAGGGCCACAAGUGGUUCAGUACUACAGACUGGAUUGCAGUUUAUCAAAAAAAGGUGGAGGCUCCAUUUAUCCCAAAGUGUAAGGGACCUGGUGACACAAGUAAUUUUGAUGACUACGAGGAAGAAGAAAUCAGAGUCUCGAUCACCGACAAGUGCUCCAAAGAAUUCCUAGAGUUCUAGAGAGUGCUCGGAAGGAGGAGAUAUAAACCUUGAGUUUUCCCUCAGUCACAAGAGACUGACAGAGAGAAUGCUGCCGGCAGGCACACAACCUUCUCCCUUGCUCUUGCACUUCCCACAUCUUUAGCUUUUUUUAGUGAUGCAGAUUUGACUUUUUGGCCAUCAUAUUUUAUCCUGGAUCUGAUGGUUCUAGAUCCUUGAUACCACUUGGCCUCCCUUCCUUAUCCCUCACCUUUGUUUCUCUCUGACAGAUUGAGAGGCUAAAGAGGGUUAUUUAAACAUGAGUCGGGCCUCUGGGGUACACGGUGUGAAGAUCGGUAUCAGGGCCCCAUUGUCAGAGACAGGCCUGUUUUUUUUCCUUUUUUAAUAUUUUCAUUUUCUGAGCCUAGACACUGGUUUUUAGUGUUUAAUAUACAUAGUAUAAAUUUAAAAUGUUUUAAAUUAAAUUAAAUAUGUCCCUUGUCCUUAUUUCUGUUAUGUUACCCUUCUGCCCUAAAUUAAGGGGGCUUUUAUAUUUAAAGUGCCAGUUUUUACCCCAACCUCACAUCACCAUUUUUUUUUCACUCACUUUUUUGCCCUAAAUUUAAUCUGUCCACCAUUAUAUACCCUUUUUGUAUUUCAGAAAGUUCCUUCUCUGAUAGCAUUAUCCAGUUCUAAUGCUCAAGCUAGUACGUUCAAUCUUUUCUUGACACACUAAAUUAUUGUAUAAUAGAUUUCCAGAAAGCAAUAAGGCAGACGGUUCCAUCAUUUUAUAAUGUCCUCUUAUAAAUUUAAUGAAUUAUAAUCCGAAUUUCUGAAUAACUUAGUCCAGAAUGAUUUUUCUUCUUCUUCAAGUAACUGCCUCACAAACUUCCCCUGCUGAGGCCAGAAGAAUGUUUAUUGCCCAAUACUAUAAACUUGGUGUAAUUUUGCAUUUUAGUUUUAAUGUGUUUUAAUAUUUGGGCAUUUUCUUGAUGGUAGUAAACAAUUUCUUUAUUUUAAUAUUGCCUCUUUGAUAGUCAUUUUGAAUUUUAAAGGCAAUAAGGCAUUUAAUUUAUGAGGCAAAAUUCUAGUAUGCCAACUGUAACGUGCCUUAAUUGCCCUAUAAAAUUACUAACAACCCACCAUGCAUAUAGCAUUUUACAUUAUUUUAGUCAAUCUAUUUCUAUGGGUGAAUGAAAAAAAUAAAAGGAUUAAGUACUUUUUAUUUUGUGUACCCCCAGUAGAAGGAUUUGGGUGAUGGAUUAUAAAAGAAGGGCAACCACAGUCAUGGGCUAAAGCAUAUUCAGUACAUUAACAUAUUACAUUCUUAAAGCUCUGUGAUUAUGAUUCAUCAUAUUGUCCCUGUUUCUCCUUUAACCAAAUUUAUGGAAAUUAACUGAAAGGAAAGAAGUUGUCUUUGGUUUGGAUAAUAAUGGUAUUGAUACUAUUGUCUACUAAAGCAGUAGCAUGUUUUUUUUUUCAUCUUUACAAAUCAUUGAGAGCAUUGUUUCACUAGAAGGUGGUCCUAGCAGAAAGACUGGGGCUUGUUCCUGGAUAAUUUCCUCUGUCAAACCUACAAUAAUAUUUUAUGAAGAGAAGCUUUUGAAGAUGUGGAGAGCUUGUUUGAGGCUCCUAUCCUCCUUCUACAAUGGAACUUUAUAUUUAAAGAACUAUAUGAACCUCAUUAGUGGAUUGAUAUUGUUCCUGAUUUUAUUCUUUCCUCUGUAUAAUUGCCCAUUGUAUGAAAGGGGGAAGCUUAUUAAAGAGAUUCACCGUACCAGCCUCUUACAAGGAUAUCUUUUACUAGAAGAAUGGGGAUGACUAAUGGUGGGAACAGGGGGAUCAUUUUGGGGCAGAUCUGUGAAUUUCAUUAAAGUUUUCACUUUAAAACAA